UAUCGAUAGUGCCCUCGACGGUUUGACACCUCUAAACCCUACGCUAAACUUUAAAAUCCGUAAAAUUAAUGAAAUAGUCGAAACCAUCAACCGCAGCGCAGAGCAGAGACGAGACCGAGCCCAAGCAAAAUCAGUGAAAAAUCAACAUCUCAGAUUUGUUAGCCUACACCAGCCAUGGCACACCUAUUGGAAAAUCAAUUGUUCAAUGCGGCGAAGACGAUCGAGCAGCAGCUGGACCAGCAGCUCGACCGCUUGGAUAACCUGGACUCUGACGAUUUGAAGGUGUUGCGCGAACAACGCCUACGCGAAUUGAAAGAGCUGAACAACAAGAAGCAAGAGUGGCUCAGAAAUGGCCAUGGCACCUACACGGAGCUGGCUGACGAGAAAGAGUUCUUCGAGGUGUCGAAAAAGUCACCCAAUAUCGUCUGCCACUUCUACAGAGACAGCACCGAGCGUUGCCGCAUCGUGGACAUGCACCUGAAGACCCUGGCCGCUAAGCAUGUGGAGGCCAAGUUCUGCAAGGUGAACGCCGAGAAGAGCCCAUUCCUGACGCAGCGCCUGCGCAUCAAGGUGAUACCCACAAUCGCCCUGGUGAAGGACAGCAAGACGAAGGACUUCAUUGUGGGCUUUACCGACCUGGGCAACUGCGAUGAUUUCUCCACGGAGUUACUGGAGUGGCGCAUCGCCCACUCGGGCGUGAUCGACUACAAGGGCGAUCUGAUGCAGCCGCCAGAUGUGAAACGCAAGCCGUACAUGAGCCGGCCACAAAAGACAAUACGUGGCGGCUACGAUUCAGAUGACUCUGACAUCGAACUGGAUGACUAACUGCAGCCACCCAUUCCGUAACCUUAAGCCCAAAAGUCCCAGUCCCAGCCCCCCAUACACAAAACCCACAACACUCACAGUAACCUAGCAGCUGCUUGGCGCCUGAAACAAAUCG